AUGCUGAAGUGGAUUCAAGGUGGACUUUCGGCAGUGACCGGGAUCGCAGAGCCAGAAUAUGGUAAAGAGUUUAUACAUCCGGUUACGGAAAGAGUUAAGGGCAAGCAACCGUUCCAUUCGGCCAGCAGAGACGAUUUUGCGUGGUUGAAUCCGGGCCACACGAACGUGGAGACCGUGACUUACUAUUUUUCCGAUCUGGACAGAGGCUACGUUGGUUUUGCGCAAGUGAUUCAUUCGAACAUCAUCGGACUGCACACGACAGCCCAGUUCACGUUCAAAGUAUUCAAUGCCAAGGAGCCCAAACUGAAUGUGUGGACGUCCACGAAACUAGAAAACUUUAGAAUAGAGGGUCCGAAUUUUUACGCUGAUGGUCUUUCCAUUGAGAUGAAUGAGGAUGCGUCGCAGGUGCGCUUUCAGUCCCAAGUAAACAAGGCCAGUGUCGUGGAUCUCACUUUUGACCGUAUUGCACCAAGCGUCAAAGUCGGCGAAGAUCCCACAACGUACUAUGGUGACGAUAUCGAACAACCUUGGGGUACCAUGAGGCACGUCUUCUGGCCCAGAAACAAAUGUCACGGAACGUUGACCCUUGGCGCUGAACAAGAAGACGAAAAAAUCAUCACAUUUGCGCAAGAUGCUCCUGUUUACUCGAUGUUCGUGAUGGCGAUCCAGGGAAUGAAACCUCAUCAUGCUGCGAAAGCCUGGAAUUUCGUGAAUUUCCAUUCCAAGUCUCACAGUGCGAUGUUAAUGGAAUUUACAACGCCCAAAUCGUAUGCGAACACCAAAGUCUCGAUCGGAGUUCUUUGCGAAGAUCGAGACGUCCUAGCAGUAACGGUCGACAACGAAGUCGAGCACGUUGAUCCGCAGAUAGACUCAGUCGGUUGGCCCGUGCCCGAGGGGCUUGUUGUUAAGUUCGAGGGAGUUCCUUCUACGGUCAAAGACGAAGACGUUGCCACCGCCGAAAAGAUCACAGCUACAGUGUCGGGAGCGCUCUCCGAAAUGGUCGUGAGAAUCGAUGUUAUGGACGAAAUUCCAACUUUCGUGAAGAACAUCGUGUCGGGAGUCGCCGGCACCAAGCCUUACAUAUACCAGUACGCCAACCCGCUCUCGCUUGAGUUGCAAGACGGCCCCAAGAUUGAAGGCCUAGGAUGGUGCGAAGUCACCUUCAUUUCCGAGGCCGAAGAAGUGACCGAGGAAUCUUACAGCGAGAAAUGA